AGACGAGACAUCCACAUUUUUGAAUAAUGAUGGCACACGACAUGGAGCGAGUACUGAUGUCCCCGGCGUUCGAAGUGUUCAACAAGCUUCGGCUGGCAGGACAGCUCUGUGACAUGGUCCUCAUCGCAGACGGUGUUCAGUUCAACGCCCAUAGAGUGAUUCUGUGUGGCUGUAGCUCCUACUUCCAGGCUCUGUUCGCCAGUGACUGGAGUGAUUCAGGAAAGCGGGAGUACCAACUCCCAGGCAUUUCCCCUGAAACAUUGAGGCAGGUCAUCGAGUACGCCUACACAUACUCUGUGGUCAUCACAGCUGACAAUGUGGAGAACCUCCUGGCAGCUGCUGAUUAUCUCAGUGUCCUGGGCAUCGUACAGCGCUGCUGUGACUUCCUGCAUGAGCAUCUCUGCCUUGACAACUGUGUUGGGCUUGUCAAAAUCGGAGAAGUCUACUGCCUCAAUGAGCUGCACCAGUCUGCAUUCAAAUUCCUCCUGAAGAACUUUAAGGAGGUUGCCAUCACAUCAAACGAUUUCCUAGAACUCACGCUCGAAGAACUUUGUGACAUCAUGGAGCGGGAUGAACUGAAUGUCAGAGAAGAAGAUGUGGUGUUUGACGCCAUCCUCCGUUGGAUCGAGCACGAGCCUGCCACCCGAGAGGCCCACAUUUCAGUUCUGUUGCCCAAGGUUCGCAUGGCUCGUAUGGAUCCAGAAUAUUUUAUGAAGAUUGUCAAAAACAACGAUCUAUUGAAGGCCAAUGCGGCGUGCAGGCGAAUUAUCAGCGAUGUCUUAAAGGUCAUCUAUGAUCUUGACGAAAGUCCACUCUCUGACUUUGAGAACCCGCUGAUCCGCCCACGCUUGCCCUCUGACAUUUUGCUGGCUGUUGGUGGUUGGAACAUGCGCACUACCAACUGCAUCGAUGCGUAUGACACACGGGCCGACCGCUGGGUGGAUAUCACGCAGGAGGAGCAGACCAACCUAGCUGGUCAUGGCAUGGUGUACCAUAAUGGAUUUGUGUACUGCAUUGGGGGGUUUGAUGGCCAAAACUCUAUUAAUACCGUGCGCAGAUAUGACCCGAUCACACGAGCAUGGCAGCAGAUGGCCCCAAUGCACUGGCAGCGCUGCAAUAUUAGUGUGGUCGUGCUUGAUGGGUUCAUCUACGCCAUGGGUGGCCAUAUUGGUUUCAGGCCCCUCAAUAAAGUAGAGCGGUACAACCCAGUAACCAACAAAUGGACCCAGAUCGAGCCCAUGAAUGAGAGGCGAAACGAUGCCAGUGCCACCACCCUGAAUGGCAAGGUAGGGUAA